AUGAGCGAGAAAGCCCUACUUUAUAUCAACGCACUUGUUUUGUUUCAGGUCAUCGGCCACGUGAGUGGAGGUCACAUCAACCCUGCAGUGACGUGCGGUCUGGUUGUCGCUGGGCACGUGUCCAUCCUUAAGGGCCUCUUCUACAUCGUGGUUCAGUGCAUAGGCGCCGUGGUGGGGGCUGCGGCGUUGCAGGGUCUGGUGCCGUCCGAGGCGCGCGGGUCGCUGGGCAUGACGAAGGUGGAGGAGAGCCUGCUGCCGCUGCAGGGCUUCGCCAUCGAGCUGUUCAUCACGUCCGUGCUGGUGGCCGUGGUGUGCGCCGCCUGCGACGACCGCCGCUCCGACCUCAAGGGCUCCAUGCCGCUUGCCAUCGGCCUCUCUAUCACAGCCUGCCACCUGGGCGCGAUUCCCUUUACUGGUGCCAGCAUGAACCCCGCCAGAACAUUCGGACCUGCUGUUGUGACCGGCUACUGGGAUAACCAUUGGGUGUACUGGGUGGGCCCCAUCGCCGGAGGCGUGGCGGCGGCGGCCAUCUACAGGUUACUCUUCCAGGCGCGCAAAGGUGAAGAUGAGGCCAGCUCCUACGACUUCUAGGUGGCCUGGCGCCCCCUGCGGCAACGGUCUCCUUUCUCCUUCCAUCUCCUCCUCCCCCACCCCUCCACCCAUCCCUCCAUCGCCAUUUCACUCCCUUGUUCAUACUCCGCCACAUCGCCAUCCGAUCCGUCUCCCAGCACAGGGCGUUCAGCAACUUUCUGGAGAGGUCUUGUCAAUCUCGGUUUUGAAGUUUGCGAAAAACCAAAGAUGUAGAAAAAAAUAUUGCAACUAUAUUGCAAUAAAUUGUCGUGGAUAAUGACAGUUGCAGAAACUAUUGUAAAAACUCAACAUUUUGUUUGUUGCAAUGGAAAUAUUGUUAUAUUUAUUCGCUACUUUUUAAGUUAAAUUAUCCGUCCAACUAGGGUCUCGACUCCAUUUUGUUGUUCAGGACAUUACUUGGGAAUUUAAAAAUAGUUAUCUCAAGAUUCCUAAAAACAAUAUUGUAUUAAUAGCGGAUAGGACAAGUAAAAAUUGUUAGACCACAAUUUGUGUAAAUAAUAAGAAUGGUACUUUAAUUUUGUAUACUAAACUUUUUAAUGGAGUAAAUACCUCUAUUCACGAAGGAAAAUAUGAAAAGUGUAAUUUAUUAAAAAUACAUUUCCAUUAUUUUUGUCAAAGUAUCACUUUUGGGGGAUUAAAAUCUCAGAUAAUGGUGCUUUAUUUCGCUCUCGAAAUUCCAAAUAAUCUAUAGUAAAUUGCGUGAAAAAAUCAAAAGAUGUAAAGGAUACUUACAACUUUUACACAUUACCUACAGCAGAUUAGUUCGAGGUACAUUUCUUCUAUCUGGGUCGCAACGCAAUUCCUGAAGAAAACAACAAUAUACAUUGAUUAGUUUCAAAUAAAUCUGUGAAUUUAUAAGAUACUUGUUCUUAAAAAUAAUAUCUCGCUUAGCUUGCUUCCAGUCACAAGAAGCCUGAAGGUUCUCGCCGCGCAAAACGAACACUUCGCGUAGUGGAGAAGCAGCCGUGAGAGUAGAGUCGAGACAGUACUCACGCGUGUGGAGCGAGUAGCCCGGCGCGUGCGCACACGGAGCACUGGUCACGCCCAAGUCACCCCACAAGGAAAGGUCAGAGGUAGAGGUGGCGGCGGCGGCGGCGGCAGUGCCUCCGGCACAGGUCCCGGCCGGCACGCCCACCGACCGCGCUGCUGUGCCUGCAGCUUCCAUGUCGCGGUUGGCCUGCCAUACAAAGCGUCCCCGCAAACUUGACUUAACCUCGACUUAGCGUUAGAGAUAAACGUUCGAUUUGGUAUUCAAUCAAGGGAGCAAUGAAGGCUUCAUACAAAACUUACCGUUAAACCAUAGUUUCUAUUUUGUUGAUAUUGGUGUGCUUAAUACGAUUGGAUGCUGAAGUUGUAAACAUCAUUCGUACAGUGUGCAAAGUUAAGGUUAAUGUUAAAUUUAAUGCAAGGUGUACUGAAAGAUUCACGAUCUUCAUCGUUAAAUUGAGGUUAGUUUCGUUGUGGGCGAUGUUAAUAUGAAAGAUUGUUUGAUUGGGGUUGCCAACGGUAUUUCAAUUAGGCUGGUUUGUCAAGCUCACUCAAAAAAGCUUGUACCGCGUUAGUGCUUCCGAGAAUAAGAACGGCCCUUGACAGUGUGUUGCUUUUUGCGUUCUGUUGUAUCUGCCUAAAGAAGACUUAACGAAUAUCGUGAAAAUGAGGUAUUUGCAUCAGCAAAUACUCACUUCUUAAUGAGUUUUCUUUAAGUUUUUCUUCGAACACUAAGUGUGGACAUAAACAUUUCAUUCAUCGGGACUAAGUGAAAAUAAUUUCAGAUAGUUUAAAAUAUCGUGUCUAUUUUCGAAGAUUUUUGUCUGCUGAAUUUACUUUAACCUAAACCAUUGGUAUUACUUUGUCAGAAUAUUUGGGUGUUAUUAGUUCUAAAUAAAAUUAGGUGUAGGUUUGUAAUAAAAUAAGGUAUUAUCAAACUGAACGACCUCUCCAGAAAGUUAUUUCCCUGUAAUGUCUUGCCAAAAUGAGUCUCAUAACUUGUAAGAAUACUGUGUUAUAUUGAAUACAGUUUUUGUAGAUAAAUAUAUUUUAAUGUGUUUUCUUUUGUGUGCAAUUGUGAUUGUGUAAUGGUAGAAUAAGGUUAAAGAGAUAGAAAAUUACAUGUGGAAGAUAACUGUUAAUUUGUAGUGUGGUUGCAUGUUUUUGUAUGAAAGUUAAGAAAAUAGCAACAGCAUGCUGUAUUUUGUGGAAAUCAAGGUUGGAUAGUUAUAUUUCGGGCUAGCAUGUCCAUUUUCUUUCAUUUAUUAAUUGUAAUGAAACUGCAGAAAGGACAUAUUACUUCUGAACCACGAUUAUAUAAACUACUGUAUCAUAAAUAUUUCAUAAAUAUUAUGAACUUCAUGUUAGAUUCUUAGAUUGCACAAGUAGUUUAAUUCUUUCUUAACUAAAAUAUUUGACUAAGUUUCUUUAAAAUGCUGCAGAGGCUAAUUUAACUUGCUUUGCAUGAAUGCUAGAGAUCUGUCUUUCGAAAGGUCUCAUUUUCUGUCCUCUUGUUUUGCAGCAUCAAAGUUUAAAAGUAGUCAAGUGCCUAGGCGUUCAUAUGAAUAUCAGGUGUGUUGGAAGAAAUAUUUCAUAAGUUUUCUAUUCACUGAAACUGAUACGACUGGCUAAUUUCACGGUAAAAUUUCUAAGUGUAGUGAUAAAUUUAAUAAUCUGGUAAUGCGUAUUUGAAUUUAAAACAUUUUACGCUCUGUUUAAAAGUAAAGGUAUUUAAUAUCUAAUGUUAUACUUUCAUGCUGCAUUUUGAAGACGAGGACUGAGGGUAUGUAUGCUUUUGGGCUCUUGUAUGUUUGUAUGUGAAUGUGUACGUAUUGUAUUUGUAAGUAAUAAAUGCUGUUGUGUACCUUACGCUUCUCAUUAUUUUUCUAUGUAAUUUUGCCGUUUCCUUGGAAUUCAUGGUUAUGGAUUACUAAAAUGCUUUCAGAAUAUUUAGAAGUCGAAGAUUGCUGAGUUUUUUUAUUAAAAGGUGGC